GAUGUAGCAACAAUUGUUAAGUAUUUAAAAGCUACUUUAUAGAAUGUAUUGUUUUAUAUUUCCAGCGGAUUUUAUACAACAAAUGGAUUUGGAUGUUCGCGAAGUUUAGAAAUAUUUCUCAUUCUGCUGUCACCUAUCUCCAUCUUUGCCAUAGGAAUAUCAAAAUCUUUAUGAAUAUUUUCAUUACGCAUUUACCAUGGUACACCCUUGAUUGUUUUAAGCAUUUUAGAUUGGAACCUUUGUAUUAUAUCAAUGUUGGUUCCACAGGUCGUACCCACAGUUGAAUACCAUACAUCCAAAUCGGUUUUAUGAUUGUAUUGUAUAACAGGACUUGGUUGUCUAGGCUAAGUUUAGAAUUUUUGUUUAAAAGCCAAUUUAAAUUUGCUGCUCUAAACUUCAUGCAAGUUAUUUUAGUCGCUAUAUGUUUUCGCCAUGUGAGCCUUCAAUCCAGGUGAAUCCUUAGAUAAGUUACUUCAUUCGCUUGGGGUACUAGAACAUUGCUUAUUUUAACUGUCUGACACGUUUUUGGUCUUAGCGAAUAUGUAACAUGUUUGCAUUUUUGUUGAUCUAAAAAAAAGCAAAGCUAGUUUUUUGGUUUCAAUAUAUAUAAACCUAUCUCGCGCGUAAUUUACAUCUUCACGAAUCCUUUUUCUACUCGGACGUACAGACGAAGGCUUGGGGGAAUAUUGUUUUUUAAAGGAAGUUGGUGCGGCAUAGUUUACUUCAACUUUUGAAACUUCAUUAUCUGCUUGAGUUGCAGUAGUUGAAUCUUCCAACACCGUCGACAAAUUUCCAUCUGUUUCUCUUGGAAUCAGUGUAUCUUUAAGAAAAAACAGUGGCACUCCCAAUUUUUAUUUUACAAAACGUCACAAUUGAUAAAGAAAAUGGAAACGCUUUGCACAAUAAUUUUAAUGAAAAUACAAAAUUAAGAAAUACGAUCAGCAACUUAAAGAAUUUUCAGACCACGUGAAGCAGAAAUUAAAUUUUUUCAAGUACUUUUCAGAUACUAAAAUAUAAAUAUGCAAUGUUUUUUAACUUUUAUUAGUUCGUGUAAUGGCUUUUAUACCUCAAAGCACUUCCCUUUAUAAAGGGCAAAAUCAAAUUAGUUUGAUUGUUAAUAAAUGCGUGCGAUGCGGCAACGUCGAAAAUAGUGGACAUCUAUAUUUGCAAACAUAUGUUUGCAUUUAUGAUCUACCCGCAUUUAAGGCACCGCACCGUCCGCACAAUAUUUGUCGUGCCUACGCUGCACACGCAAUUAGACCGCUAAAGCGGGGCAUUUAAAAUGGAAGUGUUGAUAUACUUCUAUAUCAUUUUAUCCCAACAGCUAAUGCAACUGGCACCCGGUAAGAUGUUCAGUCUUACUGCAUGAAUCCCGAUGGGAAGUUGUCCAGUUAGAACUCAUAUAACCAUCCAAACAUAUUUAAAGCUAAUUUUUAUUAAAAUGUUAUGUUUUCGUGUAUCUAAUUUCCAUUUUUUUAUUUCCCGCCCCUUACAUAUAUCAUGCAGUUUUAAAAUAAAAGAAUGUAAAUCAAUAUAUGUGACUUGGUCUACGGGAAGGGGGCUUAGGUGUCAAAAAAAGGAGAACAAUUAAUGAGAUAACGAGAAACUGACGAUUAUUUUUAACAGUUUUUCCCAGAAAACUAGUUUUCGCACGUUAGCUCCCUUUUCGUAGACCAGGUCACAUAUGUAGUUUAAAUGAAGUGACUUGAUAUGAAAGUGUUAAAAAAAAUAUUCCUAACAAUUUAAAACCAUAAAAAACCCAAAUUUUGUGUCACAGCAUAUUUAAUGAAGCAAUGCAUUUUUUUCUUCUUAAGCAAAAUGAAGUUUUGAGUCAAUUAAAAGUUAUGUAAUAUUUAUUGUUUUACCUACACACCUCUUAAUGCGGCAUUUUGUUAUCCAAAAAGCAUAUAUAUUUUCAAUCACAAAAUAUUGGAAUAUUCCCAAUUUUUCAGAACUUGAGAGUCACCUUUCUUUUAACACGUUGAAAGACACUUAGGUCAUAAUGGUAAUUACCAUACAAAAGUAAACGGUUGUCUUUAGACAAUAUGGUAUAGCAGCACAAAUGUGCACUAUUGACAAACAAGUAUAUAUGUAUGUGGGAAGCGAUGACAGGACAACACGUAGUGGACAUACCUAUUAAUACGUACGCAUACUCACCUCACUUACAAAGAGCAACACUGACCUAUGACAAUAGGCAGCACUGAUAGGGCACAACCAACUUAACAAACAGGACAAGAGACAGUCGUUAAACUGUCAUCACACAUAUAGGACGGUCAAACGGACGGACUUCACAUAUUCAGUUCGUACAUGAACAUUUAACAUUUAUGUAUUUUAAAUAGAAGUGUAUGUUAAUUAUAAAGUUGAACCAAGUACGUUUAUUUGGAAGGGCUAUCCUACAAAUAUGGUGUCAGAGUGAGAUGGUAGCCCCGCGGGGGAAAAAAAAAACUUUUAAAUUGACAUUUUUUAUAUUUCAAAUGUGAAGUGCGCGUAAAGUUAUUAGAUAAAUAAAAACGUUUCCGUCAAUGUGUAAAUUUUAACUUUAUAUCAAAAGUAUAAAACGUUCGAAAAGAACUGUAAUUUUGCAAAAUACACAUACAUAUUUACAUAUAAAAGCAAAAGUAACGGUGUUAAGAAACAUACUGACGUAUAACGGACGCCUAUUAGAAAAACCUAGAAUGUAGCGGUGAAUGCAGUGAUUAGAAGCAGAGUAGCGGAUGAGCAGCAAAUUUUAAGCAGCAUAAAUUUUUUUGUACGAGACCAUCAAGUCAGCAACAAGUAAGAUCCAGAAAGCAGCAAUAAAGUAAAGCAACACAGCAGCAAAGGGUAAGAAUAUAAAGAAACAGAGUAUUAAGGCGAGCGUCAGGAACGCAGACGCAUGCGGCGUCCGUAGCGGUAGAAGCAGAGAGGGUAGUAACAAGACAUUCGUAGCGGUGUAAAGCAGAGAAGGCAGCAACAAGGCGUUCGUAGCAGAGAAGGCAUCAGCAAAGCGUUGGUAGCGGUAUAGUAGCAGAGAAGUGAACAAAUACAGUAGCGGUAACCAAAAGAGGACAACUGUAAAACAAUUCACAAGUACAGUUGAGGCGAAUAAAGUAAGGCCAUAUAAUUUUAUAUUCAUAUUAUAAUUCAAUUCAAUUUAACCCUAGAACCAUAAUAUGCGUAAAUUUUACGCAUAUACAAUUUUCAAAUUGUGUUUGCACAAGUGUGCCAUGACGUAACGGUACCCAGCGCCGGCAGUGCUUGUAGCAAUUAGUUUUAUAUAUGCAGGAAUGAGAAAACCCAGCAAAUGUGGUCAUUUGAAGGUUUGAGAGCAAGUGCAGCACAAGUCUAUGCGUAAAAUUUACGCAUUGUUGGUAAAAAGCGAAAAAAUCGAAUACGUAAAAUUUACGCAUUGUUGGUAAUAAGUGGAAUAAUUAUUCGUAAUAAAAGUAUACAACUGUUGUGCAAAUUUUAUGUAGGCUUGUUUUCACUGACGAAAUGGCAGCUGGAAAACCGUGUUUUUCAAAACAAAAAUUUGAUGAUGACGAUAUAGAGGUUAUUCUGCAUGAUGAAGAUUUUAGUGAUAUCAGUGGAGAUGGAGAAGAGGAAAAUGAAGAUUUCGAUAGCGACGAUAGUUUGGCCGAUAUGAGCUAUUUUCCUGAUCCAAUUGAUGAAGCAGAGCUAGAAAAAGAACUAGAAGUUGUCUGGUCUGAAAAAAGAAAAACAGCAACAGCAUUGGAGGGGAAUAAGCAGACAAAAAUAAAACGUAAAACUUUAACAUUGCCAAAUUUGGAACAAGAGUUGGAUAACCAACUUGCGGAAAUUGGGGAAAAUAGUCAAAUUUUGGGCAAAAACGGUCACAUUUGGAAUAAUUUUCCAAUAAAACGUGAAUACGGUAAAUGCGCAGCACGAAAUAUUAUAUACAUUCGGCCAGGACCAUCGGGUAACGCCAAAGAAGCCAUGGAACCAAGCGAUGCAUUUAAACUGUUUAUUAGUGACGAGAUAUUGAAUAUUGUUUUAUACCAUACAAAUGCCAAAUUUUCUCAACUAAGAAAUAAAUAUCAAUCAAGAAAUGCCACGGUUUCAAAUACAAGUCUUAUGGAAUUGAAAGCCUUGUUGGGUUUGCUGUAUUUGUCUGCUGUUUUGAAGAGCAACCAUCUAUCAACUGAUAUCUUGUUUGACACUUCUUAUUCGGGCGAUCGAUAUAGAGCGACAAUGAGUAGACAUAGAUUCGAGUUUCUUCUAAACUCACUUCGUUUCGACGAUAUGACUACAAGAGAAGAGCGGAAGAAAAAGUCUUCAUUGGCGCCAAUUUCUGAAAUUUGGGAUAUUUUUGUUGAUAGUUGUACAAAGAAUUUUAAGCCUGGUUCCUAUGUAACCAUCGAUGAGCAACUUGUUGGUUUUCGAGGUAGAUGCCCAUUUAGGAUGUAUAUUCCGAACAAACCAAAUAAAUUCGGAAUAAAAAUUGUAAUGGUCUGCGAUGUCGCUACAAAAUACGUUAUUAACGCAGAGCCGUAUCUCGGAAAGUCUACUAAUACACAAGGAAAACAACUAGCCAAUUACUUUGUUGAAGGACUGACGAAACCUUUGCAUGGAAGUAACCGGAAUAUAACAAUGGACAACUGGUUUACGAGCAUCCCUUUGGCAACAAAACUGUUAAAUAAUCCCUACAGUAUGACAAUUGUUGGCACACUACGUAAAAAUAAAGCUGAAAUACCACCGGAAUUACUUGACACUAAGUCACGGCAGUGUGGAUCAUCCUGAUUCGUUUACAAUGAGAAUAUGACUUUAGUGUCAUUCCAGCCAAAACAAAAUAGGAAUGUACUAUUACUUUCAACGAUGCAUAUUAAUGGAGCGCUAGACCCAACCACAAAAAAACCUGAAAUUAUACUCACAUAUAAUUCGACCAAAGGCGCAGUUGACACUUUUGAUCAGAUGACUCAAAAUAUUUGCUGCAACAGAAAGACGAAACGGUGGCCACUUUGUUUCUUUUACAAUAUGUUAAAUAUUGCUUCAGUUAAUGCCUACGUUUUAUAUAGUCACAAUGUAACACGAAACGGUCUUAAGCCUAUGAGUAGGUCAAAGUUUGUACUUAAACUUCAUGAAGAACUCACACAACCGUGGCAAGAGGAACGAUUGCUAAAUGCACGGUUGCCUACAAAAUUAAAAGAAAAAAUAAAUGAAAUAAUAAAAACUAACAACCCAAUAGGUUCAAUAGUUAGUCAAAAAGCUUCUCCGCAAAAGGCGAAAAGGAAAUACUGCACAUUUUGCCACUACACAAAAAGACGAUUUACUACAACAUAUUGCUCUAUAUGCAAAUCAUCAGCAAUUUGUGGUGAACAUCAAAUUAAAGUUUGUAAAAACUGUGUUAAUGAAAUUUAAUCUAUUCCUUCUCUUUUCUUUAAUAAAAUGAACUGAAUUUUCUUUUAAAAUCGUAUACUUUAUUUUAAAAAUAAAUUGUUUGAUAAGAAUUAUCAAUUUAGACUGCAAAAUGGCUCAAAAUCGGGUUAUAUUAGGCGGAUUCUCAUUUCUGCGUAAAAUUUACGCAUAGUUGGUCUUAACGUAGUAUAGAAUGACGUUAUGGUUCUAGGG